GCGAUUCCCCAAUUUCUUGUUGGUCCUAAUGCGGAAGUGGCUGAUACAACCUUCGACUGGCGACAAAAACUAAACGGUCACAUGCUUGGCACAAGCUGGCCCACCACGAAGACGAAACAAGCAAUCGCUGUCGUUCUUGGCUGUAAAACGAAGACUCAUGGAUACUGGAAAGCAUUUAGUAGGCAGCAUAAUGAGGCCCAGCCUCGCUUCCAACAGCAGCUUCCCAUUGUUUCCAAAUAUCACCCAAAGCAACAAGUACCCAUACGCUGAGUAUGCCAGUUCUGCAGAAAACCGAGCAUUUGUUAUUGCUGCCUGUAUUCUCUCAGUAUUCGGAUCUUUAGCAAUCAUUCUGUCCUACAUAUGCUGGAAGGAUAUUCGUACGACCUCGCGUAAAAUACUCCUGUUUUUAAGUUUGUCUGAUUUCCUCAUUGCAAUAUCGAACAUGUUGGGAUUACAGACAUCAAUCAAAAAGAAUUUAAGUGACCCCUUCAAUGACUUGUGUGUUGCUCAGAGCUUCAUCACGAAUUCGGUGUCAAUUAUGUCGUUCUUGUGGACAUUGACACUGGCGCUGUACUUAUACACGGCGAUCAUUUUGAACAGGCAGGAGCUUGGAAAGAGGUUACUUCCGUAUUGCCACGUGGUCAACUGGACCCUUGGGCCAAUCAUCAACGGUAUUGGACUUCAUAAUAAAAUGCUUGGGUAUUCUGCCGAUGCCCUCACCGGCGGCUGGUGUUGGAUUUACCAUAACGAAACAGAACCAAAGUUACAACAAACAGAAAUUAUAUGGCACUUUUUAGACGCAAAAGCCAUCGAGAUUGUGGUGUACAGCACAAUCUUUGUCGUUUACGUCAGAAUCAAACUCAAACUUCAUAAGGAGCUGAAAAUCCGAUCCAAUGCACCAAUGCAACCGGAUGUUCUAAAAUCAGCUAAAAGUGCUGAUAGAAAGUUGGUGUUCGUCCCUAUCCUUCUCAUCUUGGGGCGAAUCUGGAGUUUGAUAAGGUUCCUCGAUGUUUUGGUAAGCAACAGGGUGUCGCACAAGCAAACGAUUACCGCAUGGGAGAAGGUCUUGUUAACCCUUCAGGGUGUAGGAGACAGCAUUCAAGGGUUUCUGAAUUGCAUUUUGUUCUGUUUUCUGAAUCCAAAGGUGAAUAGGCAUAUCAAGGAUGCCUUUAUGUAUUACGUUUGCUGGAAGAGACACGCCUCGUCUUCUGAUCACCAGAGUCAUCUGAAUCAGCCAGGCGAAAGAAGUCUGAAUGGAGGACACGAAUCUACAUUUAGCUCGCAUUCUCAAUCUACGGAUGAUAAUCGCUCUCUUUUAGCACCUGGCUUGCAAAUUAAGAAGUACGGCUCAAGUUGGCAGAACGAUUGGGUUGCAAGGUAUCAUGAAAUGGUAGCCCAACCGACAGUCUGGCAAUUCCAACGGAAGAUUUCCUCAUUGAAGAAGUUCGAAAAAGACCAGAGUGAUGAAAGAAAUGAGGCUCUUGGAAUGGAUCUGAUCACAGCAGAAAUCCUGAAAGAAGGAGCAGGUGAAGUAGCACAAUGGCUGUUACGAACCUGUAACAAAAUUAUGGACACAAAGAAAGUUGUUGUGCUUCUUCUUUUGAACCGAUUAAAGAGCGCCGUUGACAACAGAAUGAGAGAGGAGCAAGCUGGUUAUCGACCUGGCAGCUAUAUCACUAUUCUUAAACACUCUAAGAAAACUCCUGCUGUUGGUGAAAACAGAAGAUGGUUUCGCAGAAAACUUUGGAGUGAAGCCAGGAGUAAGACAAAGAUGCAUGAUAUCGCCUGGUUGUUUGGCCUCCCGAUUGACUGGAGAAAGGAAGAAGAGGAAGAAGAAGAAGGAGAAGGAGAAGGAGAAGGAGAAGGAGAAGGAGAAGGAGAAGGAGAAGAAGAAGACGAAGAAGAAGAAGAGGAAGAGGAAGAAGAAGAAGAAAUAGAAGAAGUACUGAAAAUCCGAUCCAAUGCACCAAUGCAACCGGAUGUUCUAAAAUCAGCUAAAAGUGCUGAUAGAAAGUUGGUGUUUGUCCCUAUCCUUCUCAUCUUGGGGCGAAUCUGGAGUUUGAUAAGGUUCCUCGAUGUUUUGGUAAGCAACAGGGUGUCGCACAAGCAAACGAUUACCGCAUGGGAGAAGGUCUUGUUAACCCUUCAGGGUGUAGGAGACAGCAUUCAAGGGUUUCUGAAUUGCAUUUUGUUCUGUUUUCUGAAUCCAAAGGUGAAUAGGCAUAUCAAGGAUGCCUUUAUGUAUUACGUUUGCUGGAAGAGACACGCCUCGUCUUCUGAUCACCAGAGUCAUCUGAAUCAGCCAGGCGAAAGAAGUCUGAAUGGAGGACACGAAUCUACAUUUAGCUCGCAUUCUCAAUCUACGGAUGAUAAUCGCUCUCUUUUAGCACCUGGCUUGCAAAUUAAGAAGUACGGCUCAAGUUGGCAGAACGAUUGAGAUCAACAGAGAGUGGCGGAGGAGGGUGAUGGGGGAAAUUAAAAGAACAUUGGCGAUGAAAUCAAGAUGAUAAUAUUAUUCAAUUUUUAUCUACUGUCAGGGGGUUUUACCGAACAGCAAAUGAUUUCACCGACCAACCAAAGAGUUUUGCAAUCAAUAAACUACCGAUAUUUUAGGCAGUUGAAGUAGAAACGAUUUACAAGUCGCAGGGGUGCAAAAUUCGCAAUUCUUCGCAAAUUGCUUGUAUGCAAAGAUCCUGUGUACUCUUAGAGAUUUGGCAGUUACCCUGAACCUCUAGUACAAUUUUAAGCUAAACACAAGUUUAAGUAUAAACAUUUUACUGCAGUUAUAAAUUUUUAGAGGUGAGGCGAUCAGUUUAUUGUUUUUUUCUACAAUUUGUAUGUUAGUGGCGUCAGUAUCUAAUUAUCUGUGAAGAUUUCGUUCAUUAUUCCUUGCAUUAGACAAGGAUGUAAAAAAGACUCUUUUGCAAUAGUUUUGUAUAUUUUACAAUUUGUAUCUUUUUCUUUCUUGAACUUUAAAAUUUUAGCACAUUAAUUUUUGUACUAGUGAAUCAUGAUAAGGAAAUACACAUUAAUGGUGCAUUUCAAUCUUGCCUAGCACGAUUUUUUGUAUUUUUGCUCUCGUUAGGUGGCCGACAUAUGAUACCAUAUGACUAACUGACACCCUUUUGCAUUAAGAUUUAAAAAUGGGUGGUUGAAACAAACCCUUCAGCGAAAUAUAUUACUUGGAUUAAAGUUCUUUCCGUAUUGUCUAGGGGCAACUCACUCUUGAACAGAAAAUACUUGAUUUCCACAAAAAAGGUAGGUAUCCUGUCGCUGUGUACGAAGAACACUGGUACUGUUUAGAUGCUGUUGUAGAUAGUUAUGAAUACGUUUAUUUGUUGCUACAAAAAAUAAAAGAUGCCGUGAAUUUCUUCACUGACAAAUCCGUCUAGAGCAAUGGUGUAGGGCUAUCAAAAUAACAAGGGGGGCUCUUGCACAUAUUGUUGCUGAUAACAACAGGAAAAGUAGAAUUUGGCUAAUUUUUGGCAUCAACAAGUAGGCUCAGCCCCCGAGCCCCCUAGCUCUACACCCCUGGUCUAGAGUCACUAGAAAGAAGGCCUCACAUCAGGCUAAACAGCUGUUGCCAGUUAUAGACGAUCUUUCUCUGCCUGCUUUGUAUUUGUCUCAGGCAUUGUCUCAGGGCACUCGGGCAAAGCUAGCGAAGUUGAAGUCUUGCAAAGCGUACCUCCCUUGACUCCAGCAUCGCUGACCACUAUAUUUCAUGUGCUAUAGUCAGCGUUCUUUUGAUCAAUCAAUUUUCUACUGGUUAUUUGUCUGUUGGUUAAGCUAUUAACCAGAGUUUCAGGCUAGAUACGUUGGCUGUGAAACCUCUUUUGCCGGGCUUCUGUUGUUUUAAGUCAAAAUUAAAAAUGGUGGACAAUUUAUUUUAGUGCUAUUUACACUUCAACAGUAUUGCCUGGACCCGCUCAGGAUUCUGCUUGGACAUUCGUUAAAUAGUGUGCUUGUGAAGGUAGCUUCAAGGUAGGAGCACAGGGCCCUCGUAUGCGAAGUGUUGAAUUUAUUUAGUUGGUCACCCUGUGCAUAAGCGCCUACGCAAGUGUCUUCUUACUUUUCUGUAUAGAGUAUUAUCUAAAAAAUUGUUAAAAAGUUGUCGCCUGAAAUCAUCACAAACGAACGCACUGAAAUCAUCACGA